AUGCUGGCGCUCCAUUGGAACCUCCUGACUUUCAGGAGGAAGGCAAAUUACAAAAGGUGCGCAUAUUAUUUUUAUAGAACAUCAACAAACAAGAAACGAAAUUCUUAUGAAAACGAUUUAAAAAGAGUUAAAGAGGUAAAGUGUGUAGUUUUAUUAAACAAACCAUUAUUUCCUGGACUUACCUAUGUUUUGAAUAGUGAUAAGAAUGUAGUAAAGUAUUUAGGUGUUCAUAAUGAUUAUAAAGAAAAGAAAAAUAUAUUUGUUGGACUUUUUUUUCAUAAGGAAAAAACAAUAGAAACACACCUUGAAACAAAUAACACGUUCUAUAAUAAGAAUUGUAAUACAUAUAAACCACCCGAUUUUUUAAAUGAGAAAAGAAUAAAGGUAGAUAAAAAUAUACUAAAAAAAGAUAUAGAUAUAUGUACCAAUAUUAAUGAUAUAUAUUCCUAUGGAUGUGUAGGUGUAAUAAAAGAAAUACUAUAUGAUGAGGAUAAUCUAAAUUCUAUUUGUGACGAAAAAGAUUAUAAUAAUAUAAACGAAAGUAAUGAUAUUAUGAAGAAGCAUCAUUUUAAUGAAAACAAUAAAAAAGAAAAGGAUAAUUAUUUAUUAAAAAAUCAUAUAGAUAUGACAAAUAUGAACAGAUCAAAUGAUUUGUUAAUACAUAACAAAUUAAAAGAAAAAAAUAAUGAAAAUUUAAAUUUGAAUAUGCAUAAGUCUAUAUAUCGCAUUGUUGUGGAGACAAUGGCUAAAAUAAAAAUAGAAAAGUGGAAUGAAGUUGAAAAAGUAGGAUAUAUAGAUAUUAUAAGAAAUGAAGAUUAUGAUAUUAAUAAUAAGGAAAUAAAAAUAUAUUACCUAGAAAUAAUUGAUAAAAUAAAAAAAAUCAUAUGUAUGAAUAGUUGUAAUAAUAGAGAAUAUAAUAUAUUAUUAAAAUAUUAUAAUACAAAAAAUUUAUAUAACCUCAUAUAUUUUGUUGGAAAUAUAAGUUUAUCUAAAAAUAAUAUUAUUCAAAAUUUGUUAGAAAGAAAUAUUUUAAAAGAUCAAUUGAAAAUAUGUAUACAGAUUUUAUGUGAUGAUAUUUAUUUGUUAGAAAUGAAACAAAAAUUAAAUGAGCAAAUAAAUGAAAAAUUUGAAAAUGACAAAAAAAAUAUGAUAAUAAAAGAACAAAUAAAUAUUUUAAAAAAACAACAACAACUAUUACUACAAACACAACGACAAGAACAGAAUAUGGAAGAAUAUGAAGAUGGAAAUAAUACUAUUAAGUAUGAUCAUGAUUUAUUAUGUGACGAGUUUAGAAAUAAAUUAAUGCUAAUUCGUACAUAUAUAAGUGAUGAAGCAUAUCGAAUAAUAAAUCAAGAUAUAAAUAAAUUUAUGUUAUAUAAUGAAAAUUCUAAUGAAUAUUCUUCGACUUAUCAAUAUUUGAGUACAAGCUUAAAUAUUCCUUUCAAUAAAUAUAAAAUGUUAAAUGAUAAUAUAUUUCUGUGUGAACAGAUAUUAAAUAAAAAUCAUUAUGGUCUAAAGAAUGUAAAGAAAUAUAUACUAGAAUAUUUAGCUUUAUAUAUAUUAAAUAAAAAUAUAAAAUCGAAAAUAUUAUUAUUAGUUGGUUCCCCAGGUACAGGGAAAACAUCUAUAUGUAAAUCUAUUAGUGAAUGCUUAAAUAUUCCUUAUUAUAUAAUUAAUAUGAAUAAUAUACAUAAUAUGAAUGAGUUGAUAGGACAUAGAAAAACAUAUGUUAAUAGUUAUCAAGGUCAAAUUAUAAAUUCUUUAAUAGCCACGAAAAUUAUGAAUCCUAUAGUUAUAUUAGAUGAAUUUGACAAAGUAGCUUUUAUCAAUACAAAUAUUUAUAAUAUGUUCUUAAAUAUUUUUGACAAAGAACAAAAUGAACAUUUCAAAGAUCAAUAUAUUAAUUUUGAAGUAGAUAUUUCUAAAAUAUUUUUUAUAUGUACUGCUAAUUCUGUAGAAAAUAUUCCUGAUGUUUUAUUAGAUAGAGUUGAAAUUAUACAUAUACAUGCAUAUACAAAUAUGGAAAAAAUUGAUAUAUAUAAAAAUUAUUUAAAACACAAAAUAGAAAAUGAAACAAAAAUUACAUCAUUAUAUUUAAAUAUAUCAAAUGAUGUGUUAUUAUAUAUCCUUGAUAAUUAUACUCAAGAAAAUGGUUUAAGACAAUUCUAUAAUAUAUUAUAUAAUAUAUAUAAAAAAAGGGCAUAUAUGUUAAUAAAAGGAUAUAAUAAAAAAGUAGACAUAAAUUUAAGUAACAUAUCUGAAUUUGUAGGUGCAGAUCAAUUAAUUGUUAAAAAGAAUUAUCAUAAUAAUGUACACAUAAAUAUAAAUAAGGAAAAUAUAAUGAUGGGAAAUGAUAAAAGUGAAAAAUAUGAAAGAAAUGAAAGAAAUGAAAAAAAUGAAAAAAAUGAAAGAAAUGAAAAAAAUGAAAAAUAUGAAAAAAAUGAUAAAAGUGAAAAAAAUGAAAAAUAUGAAAAAAAUAAAAAUUAUGAAAAAACAUGUGGAGGAUCAGUAAAAUCAUUAGCCUUUACUGAGAAUGGAGGACAAGUAAUUAUUAUAGAAGUAUCAAGUUUGAGCGAUAAAAUUAAAUCACAUAAUUAUUAUAAUUAUUUUCCACUGUAUUAUAAUGACGAUUAUAUGAUAUCAACACAUGAAGAAAAAUUAAAGGAUAACAAAACGGAAAAAUAUAAUGAACUGUCAAAAAAAAAUAAUAAGAUAUUAGAAGGAGAAAAUAGAUGGGAAUUAUUAAAUAAUAUAGAAAUGGUACAUCCUAUAAAUGAACUAUUUUCAAUAUCUAAUAAGUCAUAUAAAAAUAUAUAUAAUAUGAAUUAUGAGGAAGAUGAUAAGAAAAGUUUGACCUCAUCAUUUUUUAUAACAGAAGAUGGUUAUGUAAAAGAAAAAGAAAGAGCUCAACAAGUUUCUUUUAUGAAUAAUCAACAAGUAUUAAAUUCUUAUAAUGAGAAAAAUAAAAAUAUAUAUAACCAUGAUAAUAUUGUUCAGAACAAUUCAAAUAAAUAUAUAAAAAAAGAAAAUAAAAUAUAUACAUAUAAUAAUUCGCCUUACGAACUUCAUCCUAUACAUAAUAAUAAUAAUAAUAAUAAUAAUAAUAACAAGAACAAUUUAAAUCAUAAUAUUACAAUCACUGGAAAUGUUGGUAGAAUUAUGCAAGAAAGUAUACUUAUUGCAUAUACUUAUAGUAUGAAGUUAUUAAAUACAAUUAUGCUAAAAUUUGAAAGUAAACCUCUUCAUAUUAAUUUAAGUGACGGAGAUUUAAAAAAAGAUGGUCCAAGUGCUGGUAUAAAUUUUGUUACUUGUAUUUUAUCUUAUUAUUUAAAUAUACCAGUUGAUAAUACACUGUGUAUGACGGGAGAAAUAAAUUUAAAUGGUUAUGUUUUAAAAAUAGGGGGGUUAUAUGAAAAAUUAAAUGUUGCGAGAAAUUUUGGUAUACGUACUUUGAUAAUACCCAAAGAAAAUUCAAAUGAAUAUCAAUCACUUCCUCAACAUGUUAAGCAGAACAUAAGAGUAUUAUAUGUUCAUCAUUAUUCUCAAAUAUUUAAUUUCAUCUUUAAUAAUAAAAAAUGA